AGCGGAUCUCUCUUGCAAAGUUGACAGGGUGGGUCGUGUACGUGUGUGUGUACGUGAGACACGCGUGGAUACCCCUUUAAAAGGCUCACCAUGUUGCCAUCACAUGCUCCAGCAGCAUCGACUUAGGAUGCGGACGUUCCCGCUCUUGUUGUAAAGUAAAACAUUACGAGAAGAAAGCCGCGAUCGUCAACCAGCGUGGAGACUUUUGUUUCACCGAGGAUUUGCUCACUUCGCGCCCGGCGAGACGGCGUCUGGGCUCGGCCCUGGUGUCAGCCUGAGCCUCGCUGCUGCUUGCUGUGUUGUUCCGCACGUUGGCCGACCCCGAGCUCCGUGGACGAGUCAGCGUGUAGCGGCCAGACCUGCGGGGAGUUCGAACCGACCAGCUGGGCGAGGCUGCUGGGCUCUUCGUGUGGAGAGUGGAGCGGAUGGAACCCGGGGAGCGAGGGCAGCCCAUCCGCGGUGCUGGAAGAUCCGACUUGUUUGCGUCUUGUUCUCGUCGAGCAGAGCCGCUCGUGGAAGUCUAGUUGUGAGCGGGCUGGCUGCUCUUUGACGGACACACAAGGUGCCCCGAAGCUCAACUACACCCCGGCCCAGUCAUAAAGCAUGUGAUGACCCACAUCAAGCAGAAAGGUUCCAUUCAACGCCGGGACCGCAGCCCUCCGUGGCCGCAUGGUGGCGCUAUGAGUGUCGACCAGCUGGAGCGCUCACUCCGCUUCGGCCGAACAAAGAAGAUAAGUGAGGUCGUUUAUCGAAGGAAGGUGAAGAAGGACAAAAAAGAUGCGGAAAGGUCCAAUCAAACCCAAAAACCAGGCUGCGAGAAGAAACGGGACAGGAAGUUGUAUCCUCUUCGAGGGAAGGUUGGGGACGGGCUCAGCUGCCACGUUCUCCUCACAAGGUUGGAGGAAAGCAUCCGCAGAGGAAAGAAAGCUGCAGUAUCCGACAAGGACAAGGCGAGGAAGAGCGGGAUCGGUGCAAGUACGGAGACCAAAUCGACGUCAAAAGUAAAAUCAAAGCUGAGUGACUUAGUACACGUCUUGCAACCACGCAAGCGCCGCCUCGCCUCCCUCAAUGCCGAGGCAGUGAACAGCCUGCUCCUGGAAAGAGCCACUGACCUCCAACCGCCAGCCAAACAGGCUAAAAGACAGGAAGAGCCCACAAAUGGAGCGCUUUCCACAGAUGAGCCUCCAGAGUCCAGGACCGCCACCACAGCAGCUCUUAAGACCUUGCAACGAAAGGUCUCUAAAACAUCCUUGUGUUCAAUAUCCAAGAAAGUCAAGAAAAAAACCUCCAGAGGACACAAGAGUCAGGGGUUGAGUUUGGAGAUUCUGGAUACGCCAACACCGAGACGACUAGCUGGUCUCAAUGCUGCCGCCCUGCUGAAAUUGACUAGCUUGUCUGCUGUGACGAAGCAUCGAGUUAAGGCCGCACCCAGCACUACCCUCACGUCUGAUGGCAAGAACCUUGCUGUCAUCCAGAAACAGACUUCUAGAGUGAAACACAAAGGGCACUCACAGAAACUAAAAGGGGGUCUGGUGAAGAUGUCCCCCAUGCACUGUAGCUGCUCAGCUUGCAAGAAGGCCGACUUUGAGCCCAAGGUGGAGUGGGAAUCUAGUAGUGUCGCCAAACCGGGCUACCAGUCACGCAGCAUGUUAGGCUACACACUGAAGAAUGUGAAGGAAGAGCAGCUGGAAACAGAACUGAACCCCUGCUACUGCUGCCCCCCUGAGGGCUCCGUGGAGUACUGCCACCGCUUGGCCUUCUUCUUGAGCCAGCAGCCCUUUGCAGAGUCAGGUGAUCAGUCCAUCAGCAAGGCUGUGACCCCAGUGAAGCGUGAGUGCCUUGUCACCUCUUCGUCACUUACCCACUCUCACCCGGCUCUGACCCUCAGCCACCACCCCUGCCUCUGCUACUACGUCCACAUCGCCCCGCACCUGCCGCAAACUGGAACAUCUCCGCUGCCACCGCUCACCUCCAGGCCUCUGAGCUUUGUCCCACCUGGCUUGUGCCCUAAUCGGACGAUUGGCUCCAAGCCACCGGGUCCUCAAGUGACACACGCCUCACCAGUGUCCCACCCGGCAUACUGCAACUCAGUGGGCUCGCCUUGUUACGGCGAAGCCUGCGGGAUUGGCGGCUACGCCUGCAGGGCCGUUUCCCCCGUCAACAGCAGGGGAUGCUCGUUCAGCGCAGGAUGCACUGGAUGCUCGCAUGGCAUCAAAACAGAGACUUUCUCCUCCUCUCAGGGUGACCACAGUCCCUCUCUUCUGGUCUCCCCGCCUAUCUCCAGCUGCCCUUUAUCCAGCGUACCCACUUCCACCCAGACAAAUCCUCACCUGCUGACUCCGCUGAUGGGCCAGGAGCAGCAACCCCGGGGCAGGCUAAAAGCAGCCACAGACCGCCCGCAAGGCACGAAGGCCUCCUCAGACAGUGUCCCCCCUACACUCCAGCAACGGCCCACGUCUCCACCGAGCCCUUGCAAACAAAAGAAAGUGGUCCGCAGACGUACCACCAACGGCUGGCGGUCUGUUGGAAUCCCUGCAGAGAAGGACAUUUUCAUCGUGGGGGAAGAUGAGACAGCGCUCCGGCUGUGCUACGAAGGAGUCGAGAGGGAUGGCGAAGUGAUACACGUUAGAGACACGGUGCUGCUGCGAUCGGGCCCAAGGAAGAAAUCCCUGCCGUAUGUGGCCAAGAUAUCAGCGCUGUGGGAGGAUCCCAAAACAGGGGAGCUGAUGAUGAGUCUUUUCUGGUACUACCGACCUGAGCACACCCAGGGAGGCCGAGAUCCCAGCAUGCACUGUGAGAACGAGAUCUUUGCCUCUCGACAUCAGGACGAGAACAGCGUGGCCUGCAUAGAAGACAGAUGCUACGUCCUGCCCCUAGCCCAGUAUUGUCGAUAUUGUGCCUUGAUAAAGCAGCGUUCUGAAGGCGCCCCGCCCGGCCGCCCCAGUACGGUGCCCCCCUGCCCGGACUCCGCCCCACCCUCCCACCGCUGUGUGCCCGCCGACGUAGACCCGGAGCUGGUGUACUUGUGCCGCCACGUGUACGACUUCCGCUACGGACGCAUCCUCAAGAACCUGCAGUAGGAUUUGCCAUGAAUUAUUCAUCAUCUUCAUCCAGUCACCCUGCAGCUGACGUAAGGUUUUAGAGAAAGUGACGCACAGAGCCCUUUACUGUAACUUAUGAAGAUGUUACAAUGAAAUGCUUCUUUCA